AUGGACUUCAACCUCUCGGGACUCAAGGGCUCGACGGCGGCCGAAAAGAAGGAGGCUAUCAAGCAACAAGUGACGUCGGAGCUGGCAAUGGCCAACGCACAGCAGCUCAUCACAAAGGCGACGGAAAAGUGCUACGCAAAGUGCAUCCCGGCCCCCGGCGCCUCGGGUCUCUCGGGCAAGGAGGAGACCUGCCUCACCCGGUGCAUGGAGAGGUACUUUGAGGCCUUCAACGUCGUCUCCUCCACCUAUGUACGCAGGGUCAGCAACGAGCGCGCCGCAGGUGCCGUCAGUGGCGCUCUCUGA